GGCCGCCGGCAGGGCGGGGUUAGAGGUGCUGGUCUGCACUGAGGGAGCCACAGCCCUCCGGCUGCGCACUAGCUCUGGGCUCCUCUCUCCCGCCCGCCCUCUGCCGGCCGAAGCCGCGCCCACCGCCCAGAGCCAGAGGGAUGGUGGUAGUCACGGGGCGGGAGCCAGACAGCCGUCGCCAGGACGGUGCCAUGUCUAGCUCCGACGCCGAGGACGACUUUCUGGAACCGGCAACCCCGACAGCCACGCAGGCGGGGGACGCGCUGCCGUUGCUGCCCCAGCAGUUUCCCGAGGUUGUGCCCCUCAACAUUGGAGGUGCUCACUUCACCACCCGCCUGUCCACACUGCGGCGCUACGAGGACACCAUGCUGGCGGCCAUGUUCAGCGGGCGACAUUACAUCCCCACCGACGCCGAGGGCCGCUACUUCAUCGACCGGGAUGGCACGCACUUCGGCAGGAAGAAGAUGAGCCUUAAGUCUGAACGCCGAGGAAUUCAUGUGGACCAAUCGGAGCUCCUGUGCAAGAAAGGAUGUGGCUACUACGGCAACCCUGCUUGGCAAGGCUUCUGCUCCAAAUGCUGGAGGGAGGAGUACCAGAAAGCCAGGCAAAAGCAGAUCCAGGAGGAUUGGGAGCUGGCAGAGCGGCUUCAGCGGGAGGAGGAAGAGGCCUUUGCCAGCAGUCAGAGCAGCCAGGGAGCCCAAUCUCUCACAUUUUCUAAGUUUGAAGAAAAGAAAACCAACGAGAAGACCCGCAAAGUUACUACAGUGAAGAAAUUCUUCAGUGCUUCAUCCAGGGUCGGAUCUAAGAAGGCAGAAAUUCAGGAAGCAAAAGCUCCCAGUCCUUCCAUUAACCGGCAAACCAGCAUUGAAACGGAUAGAGUGUCUAAGGAGUUCAUAGAAUUUCUCAAGACCUUCCACAAGACAGGCCAAGAAAUCUAUAAACAGACCAAGAUGUUUUUGGAAACAAUGCAUUACAAAAGGGAGCUAAGCAUUGAGGAACAGUCAGAGUGUACUCAGGACUUCUACCAGAGUGUAGCCGAGAAGAUGCAGACUCGCGGGAAAGUGCCUCCAGAAAAAGUUGAGAAGAUCAUGGAUCAGAUUGAAAAGUACAUCAUGACCCGUCUCUAUAAAUAUGUAUUCUGUCCAGAAACUACUGAUGAUGAAAAGAAAGAUCUUGCCAUUCAAAAGAGGAUCAGAGCGCUGCACUGGGUCACACCUCAGAUGCUUUGUGUCCCUGUUAAUGAAGAAAUUCCAGAAGUUUCUGAUAUGGUGGUGAAAGCAAUCACAGACAUCAUCGAGAUGGACUCGAAGCGCGUGCCCCGAGACAAGCUGGCCUGCAUCACCAGGUGCAGCAAGCACAUCUUCAACGCCAUCAAGAUCACCAAGAACGAGCCGGCGUCUGCCGAUGACUUCCUACCCACACUCAUCUACAUCGUGCUGAAGGGCAACCCACCCCGCCUGCAGUCCAAUAUCCAGUACAUCACACGCUUCUGCAACCCAAGCCGGCUGAUGACCGGGGAGGACGGCUACUACUUCACUAACCUGUGCUGUGCUGUGGCUUUCAUUGAGAAACUGGAUGCCCAGUCUCUGAAUUUAAGUCAGGAGGAUUUUGAUCGCUACAUGUCUGGCCAGACCUCUCCCAGGAAGCAGGAACCUGAGAGCUGGUCUCCAGACGCCUGCCUGGGCGUUAAACAGAUGUAUAAGAACUUGGAUCUCCUGUCUCAGUUGAAUGAAAGGCAGGAAAGGAUCAUGAGUGAAGCGAAGAAACUUGAAAAGGACCUAAUAGAUUGGACAGACGGAAUUGCAAAAGAGGUGCAAGACAUUGUUGAAAAAUACCCACUUGAAAUUAAGCCCACGACCCAGCCAUUAGCAGCUAUAGACUCUGAAAAUGUUGAGAACGAUAAACUUCCGCCACCAUUGCAACCGCAGGUGUAUGCAGGAUGAUGACACUUGAGGGAGAUUAUUUAUUUGAGCCUGACUCGUAGGUAGCCCUUACCACCCCUCUGAUUGGGGUCUAGAAUAUAACUUGCUUACAGACGUCAGAGCAUUUUAAGGUACAGUCGGUGGGGUUGUUUAAUUUGUUUUGUUUUCUUUUUUGUGGCAGGGGAAGCUUAGUAAAUAAUAAAAUACUAUUUAUUUGAGUUACUGAAACAGAUUCAUCUAAGGCUUAUAUGAAAAUUCUGUUUAAAUUUUUUUUUCCUCCAUGAUUUUCCUCUGAGGAUUCACUAUGGUUUAGUUUGGGGUAAAUAAUUGCCUUUUAAAGGAGAAAACAAAUCAAUGCCACAAAGUGUAUGUUGAAGGGAAUCCAGUGUUGCCACUGUCCCACAUUUUGAAAUAAUUUUGUAACUAUAAAGAUAGACGAUAUAUUGAUAAGUAAAUAUGUAAAAUUGUAAAUAUGUAAAAGAAAAAAAUGGCAUCUGCCACACAUGGCAUUUUGUGUGUUACUUUCUUUAGUUUAAAAUGGUGUACUGUGGACCCUUGACUUAUGAACUCAGUUCAUUCCUG